UGGUUUGGCAUCAAAACUCCUUCAUACACAGAUUCACUUGAAUACAAAGAAACCAAAUUUCUCACCCUCCUCUCCUGCAUUUUCCUUCUUAUCGUGCCAUUUUUGGUACUAGUUGAAUUUGUGGAAAUAAAUUAAACAAAAUCUGGUGUUGAUCUAAUGGAGACCAUGAUGGGUCUGCUGAGGAUUCAUGUCCAAAGAGGAUUGAACCUUGCUGUUCGAGACCUGACAAGCAGUGAUCCUUAUGUUGUUGUUAAAAUGGGCAAGCAGAAACUGAAAACUCGUGUAGUGAAGAGGAAUGUGAAUCCAGAAUGGGAUGAAAGAUUGACACUUUCAGUUACAGAACCAAAUCUUCCGAUCACGCUUUCUGUGUACGAUAAAGAUACAUUUAGUUUUGAUGACAAAAUGGGGGACGCAGAGUUUGAUAUUGCACUAUUUAUCAAAGUCUUGAGGAUGCAAUUGGCAGGUCUACCAGAUGGAACCGUACUUACAAAAGUACAACCAAGCAGGGAAAAUUGCCUUGCUGAAGAGAGCUGCAUUAUCUGGUCCAACGGCAAACUCGUUCAAAACAUGAUCCUCCGACUCAGAAAUGUGGAGUGUGGGGAGGUUGAACUCCAGUUGCAGUGGAUUGAUGUUCCUAGUUCUAGGGGUCUGUAGAUUGUAGAUUGCAAUUGCUCUCUCUCUCUCUCUCUCUCUCUCUCUCUCUCUCUCUCUCUCUCUCUCUCUCUCUCCAUGUAUACAGUUGGAUUUGGUGGCCUGGCUUAUUCAAUUCUUUUGUUCAUAAAGAUGUGAAAUGGAGUGAUCGGUUUUUAUGAGUUUUAUCCUCCCAGGUAUUGGUAUCAAUCAUUUGGGAUGCGAGAGUCGUUUGAACACCUUCAUUUUUUUUACAAUUUUAAUCAAUAAAUUCAUUUCUUAUUUGUACUAA